CGCUGGACUCAGUCGCGUGUGUCUCAUUCUUGCAAACUGUUGGUGAAUAGUAAUUGAUAAGUGCUUUGCUCAAUACAAUAUUUUGUUGAUACAAAUUGAAGUACAAAAAGUAAAACAGAAAGCGAAAAAUAGGUGUGAACUAUGUGCAACAUAAAUAUAAAUAUAAGGAAUAAUUAGCACUCAUUAAUAAAUCAGUAAAUCAAAAGAAUACAAUGCAGAGUCCUAGAACAAACGCAGUGAAUGGUGCAAUAUCAUCCUUGCCUAGUACACUGGCACAAUUAGCAUUAAGAGAUAAGCAGCAACCACCGUCACUGCCACAGCAGCCACCAAAUUUAAGCAAAAGUCAUAUCGAUGGAUCUUUAAAUUCGAUUGCCUCGAACGGCAGUGCCGGCGAUUCAAAUAAGUUAACAACCGAACUGCAGGAAAAAGAAAACCAAAAUCAACAACAGAAGCAAAAGCCACCUCUACCAGCACGUAACAAGCCAAUGGAGAUAGCUGGAUAUGUGGGGUUUGCCAAUUUGCCAAAUCAAGUGUAUCGCAAAGCUGUGAAGCGUGGUUUUGAAUUUUCAUUGAUGGUAGUAGGUGCCAGUGGUCUUGGUAAAUCAACAUUAAUAAAUUCAAUGUUUCUUUCGGACAUCUAUAAUAAUGAACAGUAUCCAGGACCUUCGCUACGCAAGAAGAAAACAGUGGCUGUAGAAGCAACAAAGGUGCUACUCAAAGAAAAUGGUGUGAAUCUAACUUUAACAGUAGUAGAUACCCCUGGUUUUGGAGAUGCAGUUGAUAACACUGAUUGUUGGGUACCAAUACUAGAGUAUGUAGACAACAAAUAUGAAGAGUACUUAACUGCAGAAUCGCGUGUGCAUCGAACGCAAAUUCCGGAUAAUCGUGUACACUGUUGUCUUUAUUUUAUAGCUCCUUCUGGCCACGGGUUAAGGCCAUUAGAUAUUGCUUGCAUGCAGAGUUUAUCAGAUAAAGUUAAUUUAGUACCAGUCAUUGGAAAGGCGGACACUCUCACACCCGAUGAGGUGCAUUUGUUUAAAAAACAAAUACUUAAUGAAAUCGCACAGCAUAAGAUAAAAAUUUAUGAUUUUCCAUCUACGAUUGAAGAUGCAGCAGAAGAAAUCAAAACAACACAAACAUUACGCAAUCGUGUACCAUUUGCAGUUGUAGGUGCAAAUACCAUUAUUGAAGUCGAUGGGAAAAAGGUAAGAGGCCGACGAUAUCCUUGGGGUUUAGUUGAAGUGGAAAAUUUGACACAUUGCGAUUUCAUUGCACUUAGAAACAUGGUCAUUCGCACACAUCUACAAGACCUCAAAGAUGUCACAAAUAACGUUCAUUAUGAAAACUAUCGCUGCCGUAAACUUUCAGAGUUGGGACUCGUUGAUGGUAAGGCACGUUUGUCCAACAAAAAUCCUUUGACUCAAAUGGAGGAAGAGAAGCGUGAACACGAACUUAAAAUGAAAAAAAUGGAAGCCGAAAUGGAACAAGUAUUUGAUAUGAAAGUUAAAGAAAAAAUGCAGAAAUUAAAGGAUUCCGAAUUGGAGCUAACACGACGCCAUGAAGAGCGCAAAAAAGCGCUGGAAUUACAGAUACGUGAGUUAGAUGAGAAGAGGCGUGAAUUUGAGCGAGAAAAGAAAGAAUGGGAAGAAGUUAAUCAUAUCACGCUAGAAGAACUAAAAAGACGUAGCUUGGGUGUGAAUAGCAGCAGCGAUAAUGUCGAUGGCAAAAAAGAGAAAAAGAAGAAAGGACUAUUUUAAUUUUAAUGGUAAAUCCUAAAGCAGUAUUUUACUAAGGAUAUUAACACUUGACGAAGUUUAAGAAAAAUUUAGAAUACCUAAAAUCGUAUUAAAAAUACUUAUAUUUAAAACUAUAUUCUGCAUUGAUAAAGUCUUCAUUAGUUAAACUAUAAGCGAGAAAUACCUAAGACAGUAGGAGAGCAGAAGCAGCAAGUGGGGUUUUCAACUGAUGAACUUUAUGUACUGUCGUAGCGCAGUUUUGCAACUAUUGAUACGCAUCGCAUUGGUGCUACUAAACUCUAUUAUGGACGAAGGUAUGUGUGUCUCUAUUUGAUUGCGUAGCUUAUAUAUAAACAGAUAUGCGUAAGGAGUCGUGCUUGAUUGAAAUUUUCCCAGGAUCUUGUAUGUUUUAAUUUCAUACCUCUCCCACUAACAAACAAACCAACGAACGUUCACUGCUAGUCGAGUCAUACUUAAUAAAUAAGCAACAUCUGACGCUGAUAUUAUAGCCCCUACAAUGUAUAUUUGGUAGCAGUUGUUUGCGUGUCAAUUCCAAAAAAAGAAUUACUAUUACGAUAAUUGGAAGUAACGCAUUUGUAACAGUUAAUACUUUCUCAUUACGGGAAAAUAUUUAUUUAUAACUUCCACAAAAGAUUAAAAGAAUGUGCUUUAUCCUACAAGUUUGCUUUUAUAUAUUUCCUAUGCCCAUUAUCCUAACUAUAAGUACAAUUAUUAUUAUUAAUAAUAAUUUUGAAUUUUAUUAUAAAAAUCCUUAUAUAUUAAUUGUAGAAGAAUUUAUGUUUUUGAAAUUUGUGUUUUACAUCUAAAUAUUUGUGUAUGUAUUUCUCAAACUGUA